AUGGGCCAAACACACUUCAAAGAUGGUUAUGCUGUUAUUGAGUGGUAUUACAACGCUAGCUGGAGCGUUGAAGAACCCAUCGCCGCGGGGCGUGACGGCUUCCAACAAAGACUGGAAAAUACCGCAACAAAGAACAAAACUGACAGGUAUUCAUCAACCAAUUGGGCAAAGUGUGGGAGGCGCCAGACUGGAGACGAAUUUCUCAGCCGCUGGGUUAAGGAGGUGGUGUAUCCUGCAGCCGAGCAGCAGGCCCGAAAGUACAUCCAGCAACUGAAUCAGGAGAACAUCGAAAGAAGGGAAAGAUGGCUGAAGAAGGAUGGCGGAAAACUGGUUGAGCAGGGCCAAAAGCCACCGCCGUUGAGGGUGUAUGAAGCUUUCGACGGCAAGAUGCUUGUUAUGCACAAGCCAUAUGCUCGUCAAGAGAAACCAGACUUUGGGCUCGAGAUCAAAUGGAAUAUGACGUUAUCACGGGCCAAGACCUCUCCAGCUCUUAUGAAUGAUCCUGUCAUCGACGCACUAUACAUCCCGCUUCCAAGCGAAUUGCACCUGGAGUGGGCUCUCAAGGCUCUCGAACGGGGCAAACACGUGCUGCUUGGGAAGUGGUCGGUGUCCAACGCAGAGGAGGCCGCAGCUCUGUUUCAGUCCUCUCUCCUCCAGUAG